AUGGAUGAAAAAGCAGCCACCAAUGAAGUGAUCAAUGGAGUCGUCAAUGCACUUCGGGAUGUGGAUGCUGGUGUCGGAUGGCGUGCCUGGCAAGCGUUCGGAGAAAUGGGUGAAAAAGCAGCCACCAAUGAAGUGAUCAAUGGACUCGUCAAUGCACUUCGAGAUACUGAUGCUGGUGUCAGACGAUGUGCUUGUGAAGCGCUCAGGAGAAUGGGUGAAAAAGCAGCCACCAAUGAAGUGAUCAAUGGACACAUCAAUGCACUUCUGGAUGUGAAUGCUGGUGUCGGAUGCCGUGCCUGGCAAGCGUUCGGAGAAAUUGGUGAAAAAGCAGCCACCAAUGAAGUGAUCAAUGGACUCGUCAAUGCGCUUUGGGAUGCCGAUGCUGAUGUCCGACGAUGUGCCUAUGAAGCGCUUGGAAUAAUGGUUGAAAAGGUAUACGCUGAUCAAGUGUUGAAAGCUUUAUUGGAUGCAUAUACUAGUAAGAGAUUGCAAGAUUCUUUCAGGGCACAAGAAAUUUUAGACCGAAUCUUUGCGAAGAUACCAUGUUUUUCCAAUUUUGAAUGUGGUACUGUUGAGAAACUUUCAUGGCUCAUACGUGAUUUGGGGAAGGGAUCAUGGGAAUAUUCUGCUGUAGAGAAAGUUCUCAAAGCUUUUAUGGAUACAGGAAUUUCACUUUGGCUUCCCACCAUCAGAAAGAUUCUGAUUGAUCAAAGCUAUUUUAUUACAGUUAUCGGAAAUACUGUUGCAUUAUAUACUAGUGAAGAGACGAGUGGGCUAUCUUUCACAGAUAGUGAACUUGUUCCACAGCUGAAGAAUUAUUUCAUUAAUUGCAUUGGUGAAUCAUUCUGGAGUUCCCAGGUCGAGCAUUACGACGACCAGAUACGACCGUAUACGACUGUUUACGACGCCGUAUACCACAGCCCUGUACGGCGAAUAUACAACCGUGCACGGCUGUAUAUACGUCGUAUUUCUAUGCACCGUAUUAGGGCCGUAUAUCGUCGUGUCGUAUACGGCGAAAUACGGCGGCCGUAUACGACACAGACAACGCCGUAAAACGAAACACAGCACUUUCCAUUAGAAAGCGAUAAAUUAGACACACAACUGCUUCAUUUUAUGCCAUCGAAGAAAAAGGUUUUAAAACGCGCUAAACAUUCUUAAAAGGCCUUUAAACGUAGUUUUUACAAAAACUCGGAUUUCUCCGUAAAAACUCAAUAAAACAAAGCAGAAACUUCGGAAAAGGCCUUAAGAUGCCAUUCCCUAUUAGAUCCCAUGAUUUUUCCUGAAGAAAUCAUGUUAUUUUAAAAAAUUCAAGAAAAAGCCUUUUAAAGGCCUUUAAAGGCAUUUUUUGGAAAAACUCAGAUUUCUUCGUAGAAACAUGGUAAAACAAAGUAGAAACUUCGGAAAAGGCCUUCAAAUGCCAUUUCCUAUGAGAUCCGAUGCUUUUUCAUGAAGAAAUCGUAUUCUUUUAAGAAAUUCAAGAAAAAGCCCUUUAAAGGCAUUUUUUAGAAAAACUUAGAUUUCUUUAGAGAAAUUAAGAGAGAGUCCGUGAGAAGACCACCGUACGCUCCAUAUAGGUCCUCGGGGAAAAAAAAUUUGUUUUCGAUUUUAUUGUCUUGAAUGAUAGGUCUAUGUAAACUAUAGUUAAAUUCAAAAUAUUAGCGCAUUUGGUUUUACCUAUGAAAAAUGCGAGCUAAAACAAGUUUAACGGGGUCUAUUUUGACCCUAAAAGUUCGCUAAAAAUGAGUGUGCUCAGUAUUUUGACAUUAUCUCAUGAAUGGUUUGGUCGUUUGAGAUCGGGUACAUCUCAUUAGAU